AUGGAAAUACCGGAUAUAAAACAGCGCGAGAUUAUGGGAUCUGGAGCCUACGGUGUUGUCUACAAUUCUCAAUUACGCGAUCUUCCAUGUGCGAUUAAAGAAUGCUUUAUUGAAGAUGAAGUUGCCAAGAAAAAUAUUGAAAGAGAAGUGAAAUAUCUAUCCCGAGUUACUCAUAAAAAUAUUGUCCAACUGUUUGGUACGCUGCUUAACAAGGAUUCCAAAAUAAUGAUUGUGAUGGAGCUCGCAGAUUGUGGAACACUUUAUGAUUACAAACAUAACAAGGGCGACUAUUCUGAUUGGAUUGCUAUCAGUUGGAUACGCCAAUUGGCCGAGGGCCUUCAAUAUUUACAUGCCAUGAAGCCAAAGCCAAUUAUCCAUCGGGAUAUUAAAACCAAAAACUUGUUACUUACCGAAAAUUAUCGAGUAUUGAAGAUCGCUGAUUUUGGUACAGUUAGAGAACUGGCUACUUUGAUGACAAAGGAUUAUGUUGGAACACCCGAAUAUAUGGCACCUGAAGUUCUGGAAGGAUACAAGUAUUCGGAGAAAAGUGAUGUCUAUAGCUUCGGGAUCGUUUUGUGGGAGGUGAUGUCCCGAAAGAAGCCAUAUUAUCACUUAAAUAAUAAUAAUCCACUCACCAUUAUGAAUGUUGUCAGUAAAGGUGAACGGCCUCCCAUUAAGGAUACAAAGGAUCUCAAGUAUAUAAGUACUAUUAUUAAAAAUUGUUGGGAUGGCAACGCGGAAAAGCGUUCAUCAAUGCACAAUUUAGUUUCUAAAUUAAGCGUAUCCAUCUUUGAAUUAAUGAAUUAA